AUGUCCAAAGGGAAGACUCAAGUACAUUGGGUACAUUCUAUAACAAGAUUGGCGGAGUAUUUAGCAACAAUUCAUCAAGUAGAUCAGGUCACAUUAAGGAGAAAGCUUGACCUAAAGACAGUGGUGAUGGUCAACAUAUCGGUGUGGUACGACGGAAUUUUGGAAAAUGCAGAUUAUAAGUCACUUACAAAGCGUGCAGAUCUUCUUGCCUUGGGGAUCUGUACAACUAUGCGAGUGACCUUUGUGAUCGGGGCCACUUAUACUAUGCCAUUCCACAGUACAGAUGUGGCUGGUAGUAUCUGCUUGAGUAAAUGCGAUAGAGGCGAGCAAACUGAUCACGACAGUGAGGAAGAGUCUCAUUUGAUUGACCGUGUUAAUCUAGCUGCGAAAUCAAGAUUCAGAAGAUAG